GUUCAACAAUAAAGGGCCUUUGUUAAUGACAUCACAUGCAUGUGGUGGAAUGAUAACUUCUGCAGGUAGGUGGGAGACCAUGUAGAGAAAUGUCACAACAACAUCAAUACUGGACAAAGAAACAGUGAACAUACUACAACUUAAAAAGGAGGGCAAAUAUUAAUCAGACACAAGAGAACCAAAUUACAAAAUCAAAGGGGACACAGAAACUAGGUCACACAGGGAACACAUAAAAAAUGAUAAAUACACAGACUGUUACAGUACUCCCCCCACUCUGAACGCGCAACUUCGCACCCAGGCAAGAAGGACAAAGGACGGUGGGAGUGGUUAGGGCUGGGGAGAAGGCAGUGGUGAAGGGCAGGUAGAUGACCAGGGCGGAUCAGACGGAGGGAGGAGCCAAAGAGAAGAUAGGAGGGAGCUAGAGCUGGAGGAGCCAGGCGGGACCCAGGCAGCAACCAAUUUGAUUUCAAAGGGUAGAUCCGAUAUAGGGAGGAGCCAUGGUGAAGGAAGAUGACUCCAGGGGGCCAACAUUACAACAUCAAUAAAGGACCAAGAAACAGUGAACUGACUAAAAUUAAAAUAGGAGGACAAAUGAAUAGCAUGUAACUGUUUCUUUGUGUUCAAUCAGAGGGUCAAGUCUUCAUGGUUGGACCAAAGGUCACCUUACAUAAAAUGCCUCGACUUGACACAACAAAUUCUUCUGUGGACAUCGAUCUCAUUGGGAUGUCCAAGAACAACACUGAAAGAUCAGCUGCUGUGGCUUUCAUGAGCUAUGUCACGAUGGAGAAUCUACUGAAGCCAGACUUCUUCAACACAUCAAAUGACAAAAUUAAAACCAUGAUGUCCACUGUGAUCUCAACUACUCUUCCCAAAACCACCAACACUAAACUCACCAAACCAGUCAACUUCACCUUCAGACACAUCAGAGAGUUUGAUCACAGUGGUUCUCUGUCCUGUGUGUACUGGAAUAUCAGCGAGUGGAUUGUAGAUGGAUGUUCUGUUUUAGAGACCAACAGCAGCUACACUGUGUGUUCCUGUGUUCAUCUGUCCACAUUCGCGCUCAUCAUGCAAACCAGCCGCGCACCAGAGAGUGACCCACUGCUGGAUCUGUUGAAUUUGGUGUGUGUGAUCGUGGGGCUGGUGUUCUUCACUUUAGCCCUGUUGACCUUUGCCUUUUGUCAGUGGAGUUCUUUAGUGAAUAAUGUGGCUCGAAUUAACAUCUGCAUCAGUCUUCUGCUGGCUCACCUUCUGUUCCUACUCACACAGCCGUUCCUGAGCCUCAUACGGCAUCAGCAGGUGUUGUGUGCCGUGAUCUCAGGCCUUCUGCACUUCCUCUUUCUCUCCGGCUUUGUGUGGAUGUUCAUUGAAGCUGUGCUGCUCUUCAUCUGUGUGAAGAACCUAUCAAAGAUCAGCUCUAAAAAGAGGGCGGUGCUUAGUACUGGAUUCCUGUGUGUGAUUGGAUAUGUGGUUGCUCUGGUUGUGGUGUGUGUGUCUGUCGGUCUGGUUCCUGAAGGCUACGGCAGCGAACACUGCUGGAUUAAACUGGAUAAAGGCUUCAUCUGGAGUUUCCUUGGUCCUGUUUGUGUCAUACUAGCUGCAAACACGAUUCUCUUCAUCAACAUUGUCAUCAGUCUGAACUCAGCUUUCAAAAGUCUCAAUGCUGAAGUUUCACAGAUUAAGCAAACCAAGAUUAUGGUGUUUAAAACACUGGCUCAGUUUGUGGUUCUUGGUUGCCCCUGGAUUCUGGGUGUCUUCACCAAUAACAGUAAAGUGCUGGAGAUCCUCUUCCUGAUCUUGAACUCCCAGCAGGGAACCUUCAUCUUCCUGAUCUACUGUGUCCUCAAUAAAAAGGUCAGGGAGCAGUACAGGAAGUUCUUCAGAUGUCUUUGCUCAAACAACACUCAGGAAUACAGCAUCACGUUCAGAGUAACCACUGAAUAAGUAAUAAGUAAUACAAUUCUGCUCAAGUGCCAUUAAUAUACAGCUGAUUUUAUGUAACAAAAUCUAUGCUUUUGUAUGCUAAAUGUUAAAGUCUCAGAUAAUUUCUGCAAAUGAAAGAAAACAUGUUAUUCUACAGUGUCUUAUUUUAUAGCUUCUAUAUAUUUAUUAAUAUUAGUAGUAGUAGUAGUAGUAGAAGUAGUACAAAGUACAUUUGUUCAAUUCUCAAAACAAUCACAUUUGAAAACUCCAGAAAAAAUAUUUAAUGUGCCUAUGGUAAAGGGAAAUAAAUUACAUGUAUGGAAACAUACAGUUAUGUGGGAGUAACAAUUAAUAAUGUUAAUUAAACAUAAUUACAUCUUUAGAUUUUUUCCAAACUAAUGAAUUUUUCUUCUAUAAAGGCCCAUUUUACAGUACAUUAAUAUUGUGAUUUACUAUAUAUAUAAAUAGAAAAAUGUAGUUUCAUGAAUGAGGGACACAUGUUUUAUUGAUAUUGUGAAUUUACAUUUAAAACUAAACUAUUAAAAUAAGAAAAUAAACAGCUAAUGGCUUCAGUGUAAAAUGAAUCUGUUACUUAGCUUGAAUUGCAUUUUGCUUUUGUACAGGUCACAUUGGUGUUUUCCUUUACUAUUUGAUUUAAUUUCUGUAAGAAAAUUUGUUCAUAGAACAAAAUAAUAAACAAUGCUAAAGAAAUAGAGAAAGUGUGUGAAUGUGAAUUACUCACAAAUGUGUGGUUUUCCUGAAACUUCACUCUUAAAAAUAAAGGUGCUUCACGAUGCCAUAGAAGAAGUUUCUUGUCUAAAUGAUUCUAUAAAGCCUUUAACAUCUGAAGAAACUUUCUGUUUCACAAAAGCUUCUUUUUUGUGAAAGAAGGUUCUACAUAUCUCAAAUACGGCGUUUUAAACUGUAUUUGCACCCC